UGUCUUCUGCGUAUGUCAAAUUUUAGAAGUGAAUAUUAACAGAGACAUGUUUUUCUAAAAUGCUCAAUAAUUUAAAAAUUAUUUUCUUUUCAUGGAGUGUGGGGACUAGGGGGUCAUCAGUGUUAGGUAGACGUUAAGCAAGAGACAAGACUAGAAAAUAUUUAAAUAAAUAAUGUCUUUGUGUCUUGUGAUUAUGACAGCUUCACACGAUAAUACCUAAAAAAUACGAAAUCCUAGAUUUCAGUUUUCAAAACUACGAUUUAAGGCUUAAAGUAAAUGUUUCAAGCUUAAUCGCCCUUUUGUGAUAGCCUAAGGGUAAAAUGGAUGAGCUUGGUACAAAACCUACACCUCUGCCAAGAACUAGUCCGGUUUGUCACCCGGAAGCAAACACCAGUGGUAAUCAACAGCUGAAAAAGCCUGUUCCUUUACCUAGGUCAUCGGCUGUAAAGAUGACAUCCCACCCAUCAUCAGCUCUUAACCAAGAGGACAAGGGAAGUUCAGAGAGCACACCCAGCUCGUUUGAAGAUGUCAUCACUAAAGGUUACAACACUUUAACCAAGAGCUUAAGAAAUAAGUUAAAAUCUGCCAGCGAAAACGUACAAGGUAAAGGAAAGGCUGUAAUAGAAACCACAAAAAAUGUUGGCUUAAAAACUGAGAGGUCGGUUAGGGGUAUUUUGCAUAAACGUCAGUCGGCUGUACCGGUUGUAAAUGCCAAAGAAGAAGUAGACGGUGUAAAACCAAGAUUAGAUAGAUGCCAGUCUUUACCGACAGAAGAUAUUUUUGGCUCGAUAAAAUUUGGAUCUCCUAUUCAGGGAGAUAAAUAUGAUAACGCUUAUGAUUCAGAUGAUGAAAUUAGUUUACCACCACCUGAAUACCCUCCCCCACCGCUACCCGAUGAGUCAUUAUAUGAUGAACUUUCUACUAGGUCGAGUCACUCAGGAAGCCAAGGUGAUUAUUAUACUUGCCCAAGUUUAAUUAGCUCCAUGCAAGACAUAGACAGUGCCAGCACAUAUGAAGACUUACCUGACUUGAAACACCUAAGUUUAUGUGGAGGUGGAAGCGAUUCAAACUCGUCACAAAGCUGUGAAAACGUUACCAAGGGGCCAGGUGUCAGUGAGAGUGAUUUUGGACAAAUUCUUGGGAUCAACCCUCUUGUUAUGCGUGAUCAUGACAGAGUUGCAGUAUCUAGGUCAGAAUCUUGGAGUUUUUAUGACACAGUUCACAUCCCCAAACCAAAGACUGAACAAUAUGUUAAUGUCCAGCCAACGUCAGAACAGUAUGUCAACGUAACUAUUCGGGAAAAUGAAGACGCGGAGAAAAAAUUUCAAAUAAAGUCUUCUGACACUGAACACAAAACAACCGCCUUGAAACCUCUACAACCAUUAAAGUUUAAUAAUAAAUCAGAUUCAAAAGCUGUAAGGCAGCAAUCUACAGUAUCAAGUACUGGAAGUGAAGGAAGCUCGAUGUCUGUGCCAAAUGAGCUGUACACAAAUUGGCAUCCUUUGAUGUCAUCUAAGUUCAAAGAAAAUAUUAAUCUGGCAACCAACCAAGUUAAAAACAAAUUUUCUGCUAAGACGCUAUUUUCAGAAUUUGAUCCACUUUAUGAGAGAUUAAAUGCUGAAACUAAACUGGAUUCUAAAGUAGAAACCGAAAGUCUCCCAGUUUUGAACACUGAUGAGUUCAUGAGGCUGGAAGACACGUUUGAGACUGCUUCUCUUCCAAUACCUCCCACCAGAUACGAUUCAAUAACUGACGAGUCAAAAGAAACUCCUGAAAUACCAAACGAUGUGGAAUAUUUUCUGUAUCAGAGACCUAUCACCAGUGUUGCGGUUAGUGAUGAAACAUUAAAUGGUGAAAGCAAAGAGAAUCAAGCUCCCGAUGAAAGUGCGACAGCUGAAAAUACUCCUUGUGGUUCACCAGACAGAGAAUUGUGUGCGGGAAAGAAACGAUCAUCGAACAUAGUGCGGAACAUGAAACAAGUGUUCAAAAAAGUAACCGAUACUUCACAGUGGUCUCCUGGCGUGAUAAGGAAAUCAAAACUUAAAGAAGGUGAAGAUCUUGGUACGGUCACCACAGACCAAAGUUCCUCUGAAGAUAACCUAGAAAGACCAGUAAUUAACUUGGCCUCAGGCCCUCUGCACAGUGGUUUCCUCUUCAGAUCUCCUUCAGGAGGAGAGAAGCAAAAAGACUUUGUUCAGAAGUGGUGUCAGUUGGCCGAAGGUCGAUUGAUGUUUUCUGCUGAACGUAACAGUUCAAACAAAGAUGUUAUCAUGGUUGAACUCAUCUAUAGUCUGCAGAUUGUCAGAGAGACCAAGCUAAGCAAUGAUGGAGAGGACAUUUACUGUAUGGAGAUCAGUUGCUCUCAGCGAGACAAGCCCCACCUCUUGGGGUCUCCGGGAACUACUGAACGUAGAAUCUGGAUGCAGAAACUCUUAGAGAGUCUGACUCUCGUGUUCCCUCCAAGACUAACAGCUGACUACACUAGGGCUGGCUGGUGCUAUUUUAAGGAAGGAAUCAGUGGAGGUUGGGUAGCUGCUUGGAUUCUUCUUCACAAGCGAACUCUGUUUUUCAACCCAAGCAAAAGGAAAGUGUGCGAGAUAGACCUGCGAAAGGCAAGAUGUGUUGUUCUCCAGGAUCUUGCCGGUGUAGAAGGUUGUUCACGAGUGGCCGUCAAAGGACCCCAAAUACGAGUGGACGGGCCCAACUGUGCUUACUACCUGCAGAUGAACGAGCCGCAUGAGUCGCGAGCGUGGUGCCGUGUUAUUCACGAAGCUGCGGUGGACAAUGGUCCGACAUUGCGCGACCAACAACUCACCAAGGACGAUCUGCCAACCAUCAUCGACAAGUGUAUAAACUUCGUAUCUGCGCAUGGCAGUAUGACUGAAGGAAUAUACCGGCGGAGUGGUAGUAACACCAAUGUCGCCAAGCUACUCACAGCGUUCCAAAAAGACGCAUGGGCCGUUCAAAUCACCAGAAAUGACUACACAGAACAUGACGUAGCCAGUGUGCUGAAACGCUUCUUUAGAGACCUUCCCGAGCCCUUACUCACCACAGAACUGCACAAAGUGUUGUGUAACGCUGGUGGACUAGAGUGCAGUGAGGAGGAGAAGGUCUCACUGUACCGUAGUCAGCUGGAGAAGCUUCCUCCAGUGAACUAUGUAACCGUCCGUCGUCUGAUGGGUCACCUCUACCACAUCAGUCUGCAGUGUGAACGCAAUUUGAUGCCUGUAGAGAACCUCGCAGCUAUCUGGGGACCGACACUCAUGCACGUAGAGGUACCACAGCAUCAUACUGGUCUGGAAGGAGGGUGGUCGCGGGCUGAGUCACAGGUCAUAUGUGAUCUGAUCGCUCUCUACCCCCAGCUGUUCCAUGUAUGCGGAGCCGAGCUGGCCAGAGAGGCCAAGAUACAAGAGGUUCUGGAGCGCUACCAUCAUAGCAGUCAGACGACUCCUCAGACUACAAGACCCUCGGGUGAUAUCAAAGUGUGGGUGUACAUCGGUAAACGAGAGGGAGAUUGUGUCAGCGUUACGGUAUCGCCACAGCGGGAGGCGCUGGACGUAUGCAUGGAGUUGUGUACACACAUGAAUGUGUAUGGACAUGAGUUGUGUCUCCUGGAGUCAGUGUUGGGAGGAGCGUUGUAUCGGCCGCUGCACCACACGGAGCGAGUGCUGGACACUGUGCUGCGUUGGGGCUACUGGGACGACGCAGACUGCAAGGACAACUGUCUCAUACUGGUCAUCAACACCUUGCUGCAGAAUCUACAACCUAUUGCUAAACCUCCUGUUGCACAAUGUGGUGAACUUAGAUUUGCUGAUUUAAAAUCCAAAAGCUUCAAAUGCCAUUUGUUUGAGUUCAGUCAAGCAAAACUGUGCUACUACAAGGACAAAGCGGGUUCUAUAAAACUAGGAGAAUGGAAGAUAGAAGACAUUGUUUGGUACAUCGGCCACGAACCAAAAAGAAACCCUCACACCAGGUGGGCCAUAACAUUCAUCAACAAGAAUAACAGAAAUAAAAGGUCUAAGGAAAAUCCGUUCUUUGGAUACACGAUAGCCGGAACAGCCAAGGACGAGCAGUUGAGGUGGAUGGCGGCCAUGUUGGUGGGCGAGUUCCCACACGUUGAUUUGUUACCCAAGUCUCAGCUAAACCUGCUCGAGUAGAGUCUCAAAUGACAUCGGUUGCAUAGUAAAAACAAUUAAGAUUAGGUACAUGACAGCAGACAAAACUUUGUGAUUAUCCUAAGUCAACUUCGUGAAAUGGAAUGGUAGCGGAAUAGUUGUUACGAUAGAAAUUUGAGCUUAUAGAAACAUUAUCAAACUUGACCAUUUACCAAGAACUUGUAUGAGUGAGGUUGGUCCAACAGAUUAAUUAAUAUCAGUGGCAGGGAUUGCUGGAAUUUUGUUUUUAUCAAACACAUGCUUGGAUACUAAACUGUUGAUGGUAAAAUUUGGAGCGUUAUCCCAGUGUUGAUUACCUUGAUUUAAAGUUCCAAGUGAAUUACUAAGGCAAUAUAUGUAACACAAGUAGUAUAAAAAUUGGAAAAUAACGACAUUUAGUUAUUAAAACAUCGUGAGACAUUGGCAAAAAUAAUUGAUUUCUUGUGUUACAGGUUAACAGAAAAUAAUAAUUUGUCCUAUUUAUGGUUAACUGCAAUCAUUGAUUCAUUAUAGGAACUAACAAUGAUGGGUUUAUGCCUGAAACCGUAGAGCUAAUGAAUUAAUGAUUGUACAGUAGAGUGUCGAUUAUCUGAAAAAAUUUGGACAGAUGGGUGUUGGGAUAGUUGAUUUUUCAGAUAGUCAGACAUCAAAGUUAAAUGGCCAUAUUUCUAUGUUAAGCGUUAGAAUUCCUCUUGGCAUAAAGUGUAUAAUUUAAGCUACUAACAAAAUUUUUGAUAAUUUUUAAGCUUUAAUUAUUUGUAAUGCUACCGCAAUUGUCAGCACAGAUAGUGAUAUCGCUGAAAUCUUCAGCAUAUCUCACCAUAUGUCAUUAGUUUGUUACAUAGAGCAAUAAAGCAUAACACACUCAGCAUUGCAUAUAAGCUGACCAUUGAGCAUCAUAGUAUACUGCAUAGGCUUCUGUACUCACUAUUUAGCAAAGACGCAAACUUUGUAAUAAUUGUAUUGUAAUAGAUACUCCUCUUCUUUUUAAAGUUGGUGAUUGUCGAGUUCCAACACCAAACUCAUGAGCUAAGCUUGAACCACUCGCACCGUUUUUGAUCUAAUGCAGUUUGUCAGAUAAGUUUGUCAGAUAUAUUAAGUACUUGAUACAACGAUCACUGAUGUCACUGACACAAAGUGAGGUUAGGGCCUAUGUGAUAGCACAAUCACCAUGGCCAACGACUGUGGCGCUUCGCUUGAAGUGUUGCAUCGCGUGCACUCCUGCUGACCGCUCUCAUAAUGUUGGCAGUGAAUCUAAAUUUUCUGUCUUUGGUGGCGAUUUCGGCUAACCGUCGUUUCGGAUGACUAUCAUUCGUAUAAUCGGCACUCUUCUGUAGUUAACAAUAAGCAGUAUAUUCAAUAACAAAAUUCAUUUUUAUUGGCUGCUAUGACUCCACAAUGAAAACUCGUUCGUACAUGGUUCCAAAAGUAGGAACAGUGCAUAGAACAUAUUACACAUUUUUAUUUUUACUAUGUGUUUGUAACCUUUUAUUUACAACUUUUUUUAUGAGUAAGACUUUACACUAAGAGUGAUUUUAGUUUUAAGAUUAUUUAGUGAAUGUUUUAUAUAUACAGUAUAUUAUAGUGUUUUUGUAAGUGAGAAUUCUGAAAUGAUCAAUUGCCAAAAAGAAAUAAAGAUUUAGUGCUAUAUUGAAGUAUAAAAUACUGUUGUUAUGUAUAUAUACUAAUUUAAAAUAAAACUAUUAUGAAGAAAAGUUAAUUAUUGUAGGGUGCUUUUAAGCACAAAACACAAAUAAAAUCAUAAUGUUUCUUGAUAGUAUGUUUGUUACCUUCCACAACUAACUAUUGUAUGUUUAUCAACUUAAUUGUUUAACCACCUCAUUUCAUUUGUAUUUCUAUUAAAUAACUAACUACGGUAAUAAAAGAACACUUGUUCUUUAGAAUAACCGUUAAACAUCAGACAAGCCCAAAAUCUGCAAAAUAUUUCAUUUAUACAGAAUAAAAUUCAGUGAGAUAGGAAUAUGUUAUGAAACCCUAUUCAGGAUAUAAAGUGAUAAGGGCAAUAUUAUAUUAAAUAUUCUUAUUCACAAGAAUUUGUAUAAAUAUUUACAAGAAUUGAAUUUUGUUUAGAAUAUCUCUAGUCCUAAAAAUUUCUACAGACCUUGUACAUUAAAUGUUAUAUUUCUACCAUAUACUACUUUUCUUUUUUUUUUUACCAAAAAUGCAUUAUCAAUUUUACUAAGCAAACUUGCAUUAUACCAACACUGUAAAUUUUAAAGAUAGAGUAAAAGUUAAUCAUAUUUAUUUUUAAUUUGUAAACUCAUUAGUGGACUAUAAUAUUAUUAUUGUUAUUAAAUCUAUUUAAUCUGAAAAACAUUUAACCCUUCACAGACGGGUGACGGAUAUAUCCACCAGGCUGGUGUUUUUGCAGUACCCAAAUGUCUCGGGCUACCACCGCGCUACUUCCCCACACUCUCCAUAACCACUGCGACCUUGAAAGGGACACACCGCCCUCUCCCGCGCUCCCCCCACCCCCACAAUGAUGCGUGCGCAACACCACGUUGACUUUGUUGGCGCUAAAAGCUGCAGUUGUUGUCUAUCUAGCAGCUUGAAAUAGUGAUAUGCAAUUAUUUUUCCUACAGUCACCUGACAAAGUUGGCUUCCUUGUACUGUUUAUAGUACAGAAAGCUGCUAAUUGCUGCAUUUUUAUACUUUGUCGUACAGUUUAUACUUUGGCGCACAUCAGGAUUCCAACGAAACAACACAAAACAGCGUGGUUCUAUUAUGCACGUAAUCUGUGUACGCUUGAAAAUAGGUUGGCAACACCUAAAGAUAAUAAUACUAUGAGCAGCUGAUUGACUAUUAUAACCACGAUUUAACCUGUCAUUUCGUGUUCAUAGUUUCGGGUUUCGGUAUUUCUGAACUUUCUGGACUUUUCUUUUAAACGUUUUAAAACAUUCCUACGAUCUUAAUAAACAAGAAAAUACCUUUAAAGCCUUUUUUUUAGGUGCGGAAACCACUUCAAAUUACAAAAACAUACGGAACUAUAUUCUCAAGUCGCGGAGCACAUUUCUUGCCGAGGAAAAAUAGCGGAGUGAUACGGACCGGGUAGGCUACUACUUUCUCUAGGGCACCUAUUUGUGUUGGCAGCUGAACCUAAAAACGUGUUGUAUAGUGUUUGAAAGACUAAUUAUUUAUAUGCUUUAUAGUGACUGUAGGAAAAAUAUAAUGUGUAUCAUGAGUGCAAAAGGCCUUUGCUGCACUCGAGAUCAUUCCGCAAGAGCCGCAGCAAAGUGCCACUUUGCCCACUAGUUAAACAAAUAACUAUAGAUGGUAUGAGCUGUUCCAUUGCGCUUAUUUGACGUAUACAGGUAUAAAAAAACACAAAUAAUUAAAAUUAAUCUUUUUAUUUGUAUAAUUUUUGCCUGUCCUAGGCCAUUAAAGUCGCCUGUCCGGGAAGGGUUAAAAGUAUUCAUUGGUUCUUGGAUUUGUGUUUUACUCAAUAAUCUUGUAGACAUCGGUGUAAAAUUAUUGCAAUUUGAAUUUAGUUCUAACAUUGUUUAUAACUGAAGACAUUGUUUUUGACUGACUAGACUAGAUUAUUUUUCAGUUUUGCAUAUUAGUCAAAAUGGCAUUUUAUUAUUCUCAAGGUUUAUAUUGGGCCUUAAAAUAAUGUAUUGAUCCAUUCCCUUCCUCUUUUUGUAACAAAAAGUUUAUCAAUAACUAUAUUUGUACUUAAAUGUGAUGCAAAUCACAAAACAAAUUGAAAACUUGUUUACUUUCCAACAGAAGGCAUUUUCAUAGUUUUAAAUUAGCCUUACAGUCCUUUAAUUAAUUAAAUCUUUGAACCCACACCCUUAUCAAUAGUAAAGAUAUAACUAAUCCUCAUAGAUAUAGUGUUUUUCAUGUUUACCACAAUUAUAACUACGGUAUUGUGGUAAUAGUUAUUAAGUAUCAGAUAACCCUUAUGUACACUAAAAAUUUAGUAGUCAUAAUUAUGACGAUGCAUUUUGUUACCUAAAGUUUUUAUCAAUUUGAAAACUACAAUUGUUUCUUGCCCAAAUGAAGGCCAUAUUUUUGCCAGUAUUUUGUUUUAAAACCCUCCAAAGUCUUUCAGUUAUGAUUGAUAAUAAAUAUAUCUGCAGAAAAUUUUUAUACCACAAAAUCCCUUAUCUUACCCCAGAGUAGUUACCAUUAGUUAUUGUUUGUAAUUUAGCUAUUAAUUCAUAGUAAAAUGUAUAACUCAAGUUUGUUAUUUUCUAAAAAGUAAAAGACUCAAAAUUCUUAAUUUUUAGAACAUUCACAUUAUGAUAUGUAUAUUUUAGUAUAGCAAUCUUCUUUAAAAAUGUUCCCAAAAAUCUACAUACUCCAAUGAUUAUGUUGUAAAUAUUGUGAUGAUUCAAGUGUUUUCACUUUUGUAGUGUAGACUGUAGACUAAUAUUUUAAUGGUUUUUAUCCUUUUAUAUUUAUAUAAAAUUAUAAGAAAUGUGAUGAUGACAUACAAAUUUGAAGUUAUCAAUCGUAAAAGUGUGAAAAAAUAGGUAUUUUUUAACAUUUUAAGAAACGCCUUUAGUCAAGCAUGGAGGAUAUUGUUAUUAACAAGUGUUUGUAUAAAAUAAGGCUGAAUAAUAUUUUGUAAAGAAUAACAAACCUAAUACUAAUUUUGGAAAUUUUAAUUAGAUCUGUGAUGCCAAUAAAAUGUGUUUAAGGCCCUAGAGCUAACUGUACCUAAAUGGGUGAUAAGUUUAUUUAAGUCAGAAUGUAUUAUUGCAAUAUCAUUGACUAAUGGAUAGUCAAAGAUAUAAUGUCUUUUUUUAUUAUUUACCAAAACAUUGUGUUUUUGUUUUCAACAACAAUGCAAAUUGCAACCAAAUUUUAAAAUUAAUUUUUAAGUAUCUCAAUUUGUAGAGCAAAUAUAAAAACCUGCACAGGUUGGCAUUUGGAAUAAAAUUUAAUUGCAUUUUAUAUCUUAGAAAAUGUAUGUCUUUUAUAAAGGUACUAUACAAAUAUAACCA